AUGGACUACAACAUGGAAGAUACUCAGAACUCGGCGCCUGACGCGCUGGAAGCUUCCAAGCUGAAUGCCUCCGCCCAGCGAGGUGACACGCAAAGCGUGACCAAACGCCUGCAGGCUGAGUUGAUGCAGCUCAUGAUGUCGCCGUCGCCCGGUAUCUCCGCCUUCCCCGAUGCCGAUGGCAACCUCCUCUCAUGGACUGCGACCAUCACCGGCCCGACCGAGACUCCCUAUGAAGGCUUGACUUUGAAACUUUCCUUUGCUUUCCCCAAUAACUACCCUUACUCGCCUCCGACCGUUCUCUUCAAGACACCCAUCUACCACCCUAACUUCGACUUCUCCGGCCGCAUCUGUUUGGAUAUUCUGAAGGACAAGUGGAGUGCAGUCUACAAUGUGCAGAGUGUGCUGUUGAGUCUGCAGAGUCUUCUGGGCGAGCCUAACAAUGCGAGCCCACUGAACGCCCAAGCCGCCGAGCUCUGGGACUCCGACCAAGAGGAGUUCAAGCGUCACGUCCUCGCCCGACACCGAGACCUCGAUGACGAAUAG